GAGUGACUCUGGGGGAUGUUUGGCAGUUGGAGACAAGGAUUCAGAGAGGAAACUGCUCAGCCUGGGCCACACAGCUGGCUCUGGGAGUCAACGUCGGCCGAGUCCGGGCCCAGAGCACAGGGCCGGUGUCUCUACCCUCUGGCCAGUCUUUCUCUUGGUCUCUGCUGCUUUGGGGCACAGCCCAGACAGACGACACUGCGGUCCCUCGGGGCAGGCACAAGGAAGCGCAGGCGCUGCCGUGAACCCCCAUUCUACAGAGGAGGAGACAGACUGGGACCGUGUUUAAGGAUCUGCGGGGACCGGAGGCUGCACAGGGGACCCGGCUCGGCCCUCCCUCGGCUUCUCUCCCAGCAUCUGGGGGCAGAAGUCGCUGCCUCCGCUGAGAGUGGGCGUGUGCUGAGCGCGGACAGGCCCCCUGGCGGGCUCUCCCCGCCUCCUCCGGCUCAGAGUCGCGGCUACACAGCCUGCCGCCGCCGCCGUCCCCAGAGCUCGGGUCCGCCCGCCGCCGAGAUGUCUCCCCCAGUCCUGGCCCUGGCCAGCGGCCAGGCGCUGCCAGCCUUCCUGCUCUGCAGCACGCUGCUGGUCAUCAAGAUGUACGUGGUGGCCGUCAUCACGGGCCAAGUGAGGCUGCGGAAGAAGGCGUUUGCCAACCCCGAGGACGCCCUGCGACACGGAGGCCCCCAGUACUGCCGGAGCGACCAGGAUGUGGACCGCUGCCUCAGAGCCCACCGGAACGACAUGGAGACCAUCUACCCCUUCCUGUUCCUGGGCCUUGUCUACUCCUUCCUGGGGCCCCGCCCGUUCGUCGCCCAGAUGCACUUCCUCGUCUUCUUCCUGGGCCGCAUGGUGCACACCGUGGCCUACCUGGGCAAGCUCCGGGCACCCACUCGCUCCCUGGCCUACACCCUGGCCCAGCUGCCCUGCGCCUCCAUGGCCCUCCAGAUCAUCUGGGAAGCCGCCCGCCACCUGUGACCAGCGGCUGACCACCGCUCAGCCACCGCGAGCCACUGUGACUGUACCCGGGAGUGGCCAGGCGGUCCCUUCCAGACUGUGCUCGGCCCGGGGACCUGGUUUCUGGCGACCCACCGCGCUCAGGAUCCCGGGCACUGCGAGCCUGUGUGUGUUUGCCCGUGUGUGCGCAUGCGUGUGGGCGUGCCUCGUGGAUUUCCAGGUGAAGUGACUGCCUGGACCAUGGAGCCACGGGAUCUCGAGACAGACGGAACAUCCUUCCGCUCAAACACCAGCGCUGGAUCCAGGGCUGUCCUAACCGCAGACUUGGGAGACCCCACCCCGAGAUUCUGAUUCGGCUAGUUUAGAGGGGAGCCCUGGGCAUCUGCGUUUCUAUAAAGCUUCCCCGUGCCCCCGCGAGGGCCGGCCCGGGAGCCACACUGCCAGGCCCCUGGAGAAGCAGGACCCCGGACCGGGUGGGGUGUAUGUUGCAGUGUCUUUCGUGGAGGGGGUUUGGCGAGGUGGGUGUGGGGUCCGUUUCCGGGUGCCCUGUGCUCAGUGUUCGUUCCUCUGCUGGAUCCUCCCCCCGCCUCAAGUGCAGGGGCCCAUAGGAGGGGCCCGCAGUGAGGGUCGCUGCUCUUCCGAGGAGUUAGUCUCUCCUAAGGGCCACAAGGUAAAGGGAAUGGACCUUGAAUGAUGAACCGCUGAAAGGAACUUUCUGGCUCCUUUGGUAUCUGCCAGAUUUGAAAACCACAAAUGUCACCCCUGUGUGCCUCCUAGGCUCUUGUUCUAAGAUACGUGAAGAUGUGUGUGGCUUUAACCAUUAAACGGAAGGGUCUGUCCAGCUCGGCCCCCCCUCUCCCCCUGCA